AUGUCGACCUUCAUCUUCUCGGCCAACGUGGUCGCCCUCAUUCAGGUCAAGAUUUCCGGCGCCCAAUAUCGCAUCGAGUUUACCAAACCGCCCAAGAAUGGGCAGUGUUGGAUCAUCGGUAGCGCGCCGACUGCCGACGUGAGCAUUGGUCACCAGACCCAAGGCAUCAGCGACAAGCAUCUUGGUCUAGACUUCGGUCAAGACGGUAUGGUCAUUAUCAAGAUCUUCUCUUCUCACGGCACAAGUUUGGCAUACCACUCAGUGUCUGACGACGAGAAGGUGGAUUCAAUGGUUCACGAAUGUAUGGGCGAGGACUCUCCCCGAGCGCCGGCCUGGGCCGUUCCUGUUGGCCAGCGCAUCCAUAUCUUCCUGGGGGACCCUCGAAAUCCCCUCGAGCUCACAAUUCAAGCGUUUGAUCAUAACCAACACUUGAGCGAUUACAUGGAAGCGAUUAAGCAUCUAAAGGCCUCCGCACCUGAAGCUGCGGAGCCCACUCAGCCUCAGCCCAGCAAGGAAUUAUCUCCUUGCCCCUCGCCUCCGCCUCCAACCCCAGCGUCCGGAGUCGCGACUUUCAUGAGCAGGGCCCUUGGAGGCAUGGAGAUUGCUACCCCGGCUAUGCCUGGCGGCACCGAGAUGCCCUCCCUUACGAGAUUCGCCUAUGACAUUGGAAAGUACACCUAUUCGUUUCUGGAGGUUACCCCGAGAAGCAACCAGAUGAGACCUGGUUCUGGAAGAGUUGUCAAGGUGCUCUCGACAAAGACUUGGAAUGUUUACGCUGCCAAGUACUUCAACAAGAGAAAGAUUCAUUUGCUGUAUAAGGAGUUCGAAGUCUUCACAGGUGCGAAGCUCAGAAAGGCUCCUCAUACCAUUGCGUACUUUGAGAGAUUUCUCGUUCCCCGUGGUAUUAACAAGCAGCAUAUGCUGGUCAUGGAGUGGUGCGACCUGGGUUCUAUGGUGGAGGAAGGCGAACGGAAGUCGUUCACCUACCACGAGUCCUGUAUGAUUGUGGAUCAGGUUGCCAAGGCACUGAUGUACCUUCACGGACAACGGUUCGUUCACCGCGACGUUCGCCCUCAGCAUAUUCUGGUGCGAUCCAGGACAACCUCCCGCCUUGAGGUCUGUCUGACAGACUUCUCUUCCUCCACCAAGAUUCCUAUCGUCACUGACGGUACCAACGGCUCCCGUUGGGCGGAAGAUGAGGCGUACAUCGCUCCGGAUGCGUUCGCAUCUUCCGAUCAGCUCCGCGAAGAACAUGUCAAAAACCUCGCGGCUGUCGACAUCUGGUCUCUGGGCGUCAUCGCCCUAGAGCUUCUUACCGGAAGCUUGCCGACCAUCGUCUACGAAACCCCCCAGGAUAUGCAGCAUCCGAUUCUGGUUAGCGGCCAACAGUUCACCAAGGCUCUCAUCAACCACAGAGACGAGAUGGCGAAGACCCCGGCCGCUGCCGCCAACGGUGGCUUAGUUCCAUUGAUCAUGGAGAUGUUGUGCCCCUCUCCUUACUAUCGCAUGACCGCCCAGGAAGUGGCUGGUGGUACGAUUAUUCUGGUGACUUUGAUGAAAGAUGAUUCCAGGAUGGAGUAUUACAGGAAGAAGUACCCCGGUGGACAGUUCCCGGCUGUUGCGGCGCCUCGUGUCCACGCUUACAAUCUAUGGCGGGGAGUGGCUUAG